UCGACCCACAUCUCAUUGGUCUCCGCCACAAAAAACCCUAGCGUCUCUCAGCAAGUCGGCCAAGAUGAAGUACAACCCGCGCGUGAGCUCAUCUCGCCGGAAGAGCCGGAAGGCUCACUUCACGGCUCCGUCGAGCGUGAGACGCGUCCUGAUGAGCUCACCGCUCUCCGCCGAUCUCCGUCAGAAAUACAACGUCAGAUCUAUGCCGAUCCGCAAGGACGACGAGGUCCAGGUCGUUCGCGGCACGUACAAGGGUCGUGAGGGUAAGGUGGUGCAGGUUUACCGCCGCAAAUGGGUGAUUCACAUCGAGCGGAUCACCCGCGAGAAGGUGAACGGGACAACGGUGAACGUGGGGGUGAACCCGUCGAAGGUGAUGAUCACGAAGCUGAGGCUGGACAAGGACAGGAAGUCACUGUUGGAGCGCAAGGCAAAGGGUCGGGCGGCUGCGGACAAGGACAAGGGAACUAAGUUCACGGCUGAAGAUAUCAUGCAGAGCGUGGACUGAUCCACAAAACUUUGCCCAGGUUGAUCUUGUUUCGAGGUUCUAUGUUUUACUUUGUUUCGAUGGCGUUUAGGAUUCGGAUUCGGAUUCGGAAAUGGAAUGUUUUGUUUUUGUUCUAAAGGCUACAUGCGAUGAUGAUUAGGAACACCACCCAAGUUAUUCUGUUUUGUCUGAAUUUCCCUUAUAUGAAUAUCUCUGGUUUAAUGAUUUUGAUCUGUUCCA